UUUGUUCCAAAUUCCUGAAUAGACUGAGUUUUGAAAGCCAGUCAGAAGUGUUGUCUUUGCUUAGGUCAAGAUCGUAGAAUUAAAUAUAAUAUAAAAUAAGGAAGACAGACUAUAUACCUAAUGGAUUUUUUUUAUACUGAUCUCAGACACUGAGGUUAACGGUUUCUGCAGUUUAUCUCAUAGGGGAACCUUUGUACCUGCAUGUAGAACCCUAUAGAACAUCGUUUGCAUUACAGACAGGGUUACAAACAGAACUCCAGAAGGAAGCUGUGAUCCCUGAGAUGACCGUCACGUAUACUGCACGUGUGGCGAACGCUCGCUUCUGCGGCUUCUCCAAGCUGCUCCUGGCCUGGAAGGGGAGCAUCUAUAAAGUUCUCUACAAAGAGUUUCUGGCUUUUUUUGCCAUGUAUAGCGCCAUCAGUAUCACAUACAGGUUCAUUCUUGAAGACGAGCAGAAGAGACACUUCGAAAAGCUCUCAAUUUACUGCAACCAUUAUGCCAGCCUCAUCCCGAUGUCUUUCGUCUUGGGGUUCUACGUGACCGUGAUAGUGAAUCGCUGGUGGAGUCAGUACACGUCGAUCCCGCUGCCGGACCGGGUAAUGUGCGUGCUCUCGGGCGGGGUACAGGGCGUGGACGAGCAGGGAAGGCUGCUGCGCCGCACUCUCAUGCGCUACACCAGUCUGUCUGCUCUGCUCAUCCUACGCUCUGUCAGCACAGCCGUUUUCAAGCGCUUUCCCACCAUCGACCACGUGGUGGAGGCGGGAUUUAUGACACGAGAGGAGAGAAAGAAAUUCGAGAGUCUGCGCUCUCCCUAUAAUAAAUACUGGAUCCCGUGUGUGUGGUUCGCUAACCUGGCUGCCAUGGCUCAAUGUGAAGGUCGAAUCAAAGACAAUAACACUUAUAAACUGUUGAUGGAGGAGCUGAAUCAGUUCAGAGAGAAAUGCAGCAUGCUCUUCCACUACGACAUGAUCAGCGUGCCACUCGUUUACACACAGGUGGUGACAUUAGCAGUGUACAGCUUCUUCCUGGUGUGUCUAGUCGGCCGCCAGUUCCUGGACCCGAGGCAGGGCUACCCAGGUCAUGACCUCGACCUGUACGUCCCCAUCUUCACCCUGCUCCAGUUCUUCUUCUAUGCUGGCUGGCUCAAGGUGGCAGAACAGCUGAUCAACCCGUUUGGUGAGGAUGAUGAUGAUUUUGAAACCAAUUGGCUUAUAGACAGGAACUUCCAGGUCUCAAUGAUGGCAGUAGAUGAAAUGUAUUGCGAUUUGCCCAAAAUGGAGCAGGAUCGCUACUGGAACGACUCGAACCCACGACCCCCCUACACCGCCGCCACGCUGUUCGUCCUCCGCAAACCCUCCUUCCAGGGCUCCACGUUUGACAUGGCAAUUCCUAAGGAAGAGAUGCACUUCCACCCUCUGAAAGAAAUCGCUGAGAAUCUGGAAGAAUCUGCAACACGCAAUCAAAACCUUGCUCUGUUCAACCGGGUCCUAAACUCCGCCCCUUCUCCCACUAGCAUUGUGGAAGGAGCCUUCUGCAGAACCUCUGCUCAGCUGCAGCGAUUGACGAGUUCAGGCAGUCCUGACUCCUCCUACUCUGAAGGGGAGGAGGGAGAGGGGAAAAGGUACACUGGGCAGAACAAGGGUACGGGUGGAUCACUACCCUCAGGUUUAGCAACCGACACCCAGAGCAACACCUGUAGCUGCAGAGGAACCUCCAACACACACGCUCCUCUCUUAGCACAGGGCUUCAACUCAAACUAAGAGAAAAGGAUGCAAGGAAGAGGAGAACAAGAAAGAAUUGUCCAUUAUAAAGAUACAGACGCCUUUAACACGAGUGCUGAUGCAGAAAACUUAUCCAGAGCUCCGAGCUUCAAACAGCACCAAACGCUCAACACCAGACUUCUUCUCAUUCCAGACAUUCAGAGACCAGGCAAAAGUCAUGACACCACAGUCGACAAAUGUAAAUGUUACAACGCUCUUGAGAGUUUUUACAUUCCCUGAAGCACCACAACGGACUUUUGAGAAAUGCAGACAGCAGUAACACAGAAUAAGCAUGGGCUCAGAUGUCUGUUUGUCCGACAAGGCUGAGGGAUCACCGUGCAACCUUUUACCUUUCUCCUUCACUUAAAAUGGACAGUGUAGCUUUGGUACAGAUGUUUUUUUUUUCCUGAUCAAAUAUAUAAAAUUCAUUUGAUAUCAAAUCACUAACAAUCUAUUAAUAAUUUCAGUU